UACAAAGAAAUAAUUCCUUUGCGAACAAAUGGAUCGGCCAACAAAGUGCACACACGGCAAGCGCCAAAAACUCCCUCAAAAUAUUCGACCAAUCAAGAGGCGAGAAAAGUUCACCGUCGGUCACAUGCUCUUAAAAGUGCAGACGACCUUGUGAAAUUGAUACAUUUUGUAUGACAUUUGUAUAAGUUUUUUGCACUUUUUGACCUUCGUUACUGUGCUGUUCCUUAGGAUUAUUCAGGUAAGUACAAUUAAUAACUUUGACCCAUACAAUGAAGUGAGUUUAAUUCUAACGUACACGUCACAUGACGUGCACGAAGUGUCAAAUUUCCAGCACUUAUUUUGUACAUCGAAAAGUAAGAGAGGCUACAAAUUGUAUCAAGAUGAGGAAGUCAAGCAAAAAUAAGCGUGACCGCUCAAAAAGUUCGGCCGAUAAACAACGUGUUGAAGAACAGGGUGAGGUGGUGGGUUCUACAUCCAACUCACCAAGCACUGCUGGGCAUAAUUUGACCAGAAAUGUCACUGGUUCAGCUCCAAAUCCACCGCCAAACCACGGCACUCCAACGACUAGCAGAACACCCAGAACGGCGUCUCCCACAGCGGGUACAGCGAGAGCCCAGCUGCCGCCAAACAGGGAAAGAGUUACCGUGCGGACUCGGAGGUACCCUCACUGUUCUCGGUGUCGGAGCCAUGGAGUGCUGGUACCAAUCAAGGGACACAAAAAGACCUGCAACUGGAAGGACUGCAAGUGCCACAACUGCCAGUUGAUAACAGCACGUCAGAAACUAAUGGCAAAAGUGAUCGCUCUCCACCGACAACAAGACAUGGAGGCAGUGGCUAACUUGCAGCAAUUACCUGCUUCUGCAUCACACUCGAUGGCUGGAGAUGAGGUACCAGACCUUGGAGUCAAGAUUUUGAGCCCUAACAACAGCGUGCCUCCUAUGCCAUCUAGUCUGCCUCAGGGAAACUUGAUGACGGAGUGCCAAGGCAAUCCACAGACAAACAGCCUUCCAGUCGGACCUUACUCCAGCAUCCAGUACCAAUGGAACAGCAACAACAGUACCCACUCCUCCCCAGAAAUUGGUAACGAGAUUCAAAUCCAAGUUCCGCAAAGCAGCGAGACUGACAUCCCAUCCCCAAUCUAUGGUACCAGCCUUGCUUCUCAUGGGAGUGGGGGUAGAAGUGGCAGUCUUACGCCGAUGAUGGCUUACACUCCGUACAGCAACUACAGCCACCAGCAACUACCAUUUCCUUGAUUGGUGAGCACCCCUAAACUGUCCACUGCAACAAGCCAGAUCUACUCCCCAAAUUUCCUAGUCUAUCAUCAACAGCAGCAGCAACAACAGCAGCAGCAGUUGCAAGUCCAAAUGCCGCAGUAUCGAUUCCAGGGCAGCAGCUUUGGCAGUUGUGUUGGGGACGUGCAGAGUGCAUUCGUGCCAGUCGGGCAGCAGAAUCCAGCAACUCUUCACACUACCUUGGCUCAGGGAGAUAGCAGUCCAUCUUCAUCAGAUAUGACAUCAGCAGAUGCUUUUGAUGAAGUUGAUGUGCUUGAGGUGGAGGCAAGUGGAAUACAAACAGCAGUCAAAGCACCUGCAAGUCAUACACUCAGGAUCCCUGUGGCAUCGAGGACCAUGCAGCAAGCUUUUCUGCCAGCUUCUACUAAGGAUAUCUCUACCAUGUCCGACUUCCAUUCAUUGCCUACAGCUGGCCCGUCAUGUACUCAACCAAGGGCCUUCAUUCCACUACAGAAUGCUCUGUUCCCACAGAAACACAACCAAGACAAUAACAAGAACUGAAGUGGCUGAUGGACUGGGAACAUCUAGUUAUAGGGGCCAAAUGCUUGGGAAAAUGAAAGGGGGGGGUGCUCAGAAUUCAAAAAGUGGGUGGAAUCCUUUUGGUGACUUUAAGUUGAAAGGAACAUCUUUAGAAGGGUUUAUGGAGAAACUGUUUGGUUCCAAAUUUCACAGUACCACUUGAUUAGCAAUGUUGGUCUUCAUUCAGUAACAUGCUUUAACAAAUGUAAAACUGUGAUGAAUCAUUGAAGGAAAACACAUGUAUUGAUGUCUUUUUCCACUUCAGUUACGGCCUUUUACUGUUUCGAUUUUAAAAAACAAAUCAUGUGAUUUUUAAUUUUACGAAUGUUGCUUGCUUUUUUGCCUUAGACACAUUACCUUUAACAUUGUUGCAGUUUUUGAUGUUUUACUUAAACUUUGUAAAUUUGAAACUAGUAAGUUAUGAGAAUAUAAUCUCUCAAAAAUUCCGUGUUCAACCUGAAAUGAAAAGAAAUGAAACUAUAAAUAUAAGAUGUAAAAAUGAAAAAAAAACCUGUUUGAUACGUUGUUUUGGGUAACAACUAGUUAAGAUUUGUUCUUUUUGCUGGUUUGUUGUCGCAAGUGUUUAUACUUUACUAUACAUAUUACAUUGUAUUCUUCAAACUUUUCACAUUUAUAUAUGUUUAAACAGAAUGUACACUGCUAGUUAGUGCUAGUUGCACAGUUCUUUCAUAAAAGUUUUUAAUUCUUAUCUACAAAUCUUGUGUUCCAUUUGAAAAGAGGCAUAAGGCAUUACACUAGAGACUUGAUACCACAAUUAAAGAAAACCCAAAAUGUGCUGAAAAUCUGAAAUAUCAAUAAAAACGCCUUUGGAUGUAGAAUCAAAUGUCA